CUAGUAUGUACUGAUUAGUUAUUUAGAGAGACCAUUUCCAUCAUAAGAGGACGAAUAAACUUAGUUUAUAUUUGGAUAUGAUUCCACAUGAACUAGAGUAUAAUUUUGUUGGUGCUCAGAGCAAGGAAAGUAUUGGAAUGAUUCUCCUAUUCUUCAUGGUUCAUAUCUUUGAAUCAUCCUUCGUUACUGCCAAAUGUACUUUUUCAAAUGAAACUUUUCGCUGCAGAGGAACUGAUUACAAUUUUCUGGACACCUUUUACAAGUUUUUGCCAGAUGACUUACCAACUGACCUCUCCUUUGAAAUUGUGGAUAGCCGAUUGACGGUCAUCAAAUACUUCACCAAUCCAGUUGUGGAUGAUACUCCAUACAAGCUCAGAAGUGUGGCAAUCAGAAAUUCAUCAGUUCAACUAAUUUUCAAGAGUGCUUUCGAAGAAUUAAAAGACUUGGAAAUCCUAGAUUUGAGUUCGAAUACUUUGAUAGACAUUUCUUUUGUGGAGUUUUUAUCUGCUGGCCUCAAGAAACUAUACCUCAAUGACAAUAAAAUAACUAAUGUUGAACAUGUGUUCAAUCAUUUUGAAGAAUUGGAGCUUUUGGAAAUGACCAAGAACAAAAUCAGUGUUCUUGAUUUCAGUGCGAUAUGUAGAGUCAGAAAUGUCGACAUUAGUAGAAACUUCAUAGCAAGGUUUGAGUCCGGCGAAAACAUCAAUGAAUGUAUUCAUACAAUCGAUCUGAGCUAUAACCAUAUUUCAGAAUUCGAUGAAACCAAAUUAGGGACUGAUUUUGUGUCACUGGAUCUGAGUCAUAACCAUUUGAGAUCACUCCGUUUGAGAGAAUCUCGAAAGAACACAUUGAAUAUAUGUAAUAAUUCUAUGAUAUUUUUGUCCGGUAUAUAUUAUGUUGACAACUUCAUUUUAUCAUCCAAUGAAUUUGAAAUCACCAGGAAGCUGAAUGUCGUAGUAUUCAAAGAACUGGCGAUUAAAAACAGUAGUAUUUUUGAGUUAUCUAUGGGAACUGCUGAUAUUCUAGAAUCAAUAAGGAGUAGUCCUGAACUAACCAUUGAUUUAUCAUUUACAUCGAUCAGAGAUAUCACUGAGUAUUAUUUCCAACAUUUGCGAGUGAAGAUGCUAAAUUUGAGUUAUAAUAAUAUCAGUACAUUGGGAAGUAAUAUUUUCCUAGACUCCAUCAUAACCUCUAUUGAUUUCUCCCACUCCAAUAUCGAAUAUCUGAGACCUGGUGUUUUUGAUGAUGUCAAAACGGAAUCUAUUAAUCUGAGUUUCAAUGGAAUAUCUUCGAUCAGAAAGGUGUUCCACAGAGUAUACGUCGCCAUAAUAAAUUUAUCCUUCAAUAGAAUUGAAGUCAUCGAUAAAUAUUCCUUCACGGAUUGCGUUGCAUUGACUGAAAUAAUUUUAUCGAAUUGUGGGAUAGAGAAAAUAGAAAAAGAUUCCUUCGCGAAUUUGAGUAGUUUGAGAACGAUAGAUCUCAGUAACAACAUGUUACUGAUUUUAGAAAGAGAUACUUUCCAUGAUCUACACAUGGCUACGUUGAAUUUGCAGAAUAAUCGAAUAAAAACGAUAAGGACACAAGCUUUCAACAAUUUACCUCAUUUAUCAGAGCUCAAUCUCUCUGGACUUUAUAUCAAUAGUUUGGAAAUGCACGCUUUUAAUAAUUUACCAAGUUUGACAACUCUGGAUUUGAGUAAUAAUGAAAUUUCUGUGAUUCCACCAACUCUAUUCAGUCAAAUGCAUAACCUCUAUAAUAUUGAGUUGAGUGGUAAUAAUAUCACAAUACUUCAUAAAUUUUCGAAUGAACUCAGAUUGAAAAAAUUGAGCAUAUCAUAUAAUGGAUCAUUCACUGCAAACAAAAUCUCAAAUUUACACAUCAGAUAUUUAUCAAUUCAAAAAUCUAUGAUCGAUGUUUUGGGAGAAAAUAGUUUCGAUGGAUUAUACAAUUUGAAGGAAUUGCACUUCACACAGUCUGACGUAUUAUUUGUUGAUCAAGGAGCUCUCAAUGACUUAUAUAAUUUGGAAUUUCUGGAUGCCCAGAAUUUGUUCAAGUACACGAAACACAUUAAAAAAAACACAUUCUCAGAUUUGAGGUCCUUGCCUUCACUAAAUUUGUCGAAUUUGAAUUUGGAAACAAUCGAGAGCAGUUCCUUCGAGGGGUUGAAGAAGUUGAAGUAUUUGAUGUUGAAUAAUAAUAACGUUGUAAACAUUCGUAAAGAUGUGUUCAUUGGGUCGAAUGUUUCAGAAAUAUUGGACUUGUCCCGCAAUAUGAUUAGCAAUAUAUAUGAAGGUGUUUUUAGAGCAUUGCCUCAUCUGAAAAAACUGAACUUAGAGUAUAACAAGCUAACUGAAUUGAGUUCAAAUAUGUUUGCUGGUAUGAAAUCACUAGAGGUUCUGAAUCUGAAAAAUAAUGAUAUAUCUUUUAUAACUAGUCAUUGUUUCUCAGAGUUCGCUAAUCUCAGGAAACUCUUUCUUCAGAAUAAUGAAAUCAAGAAAAUACCUACUGGAAGUUUCCAAUAUUUAUCGAAAUUGAUGGUAUUGAAUUUGAGCUUCAACCAUUUUGAAUUGAUUGAGAAUGGAUUAUUCUCUAAUCUCAAGAACCUGAGAACACUUGAUUUAUCCAACACAUCUUUGAUAAAAUUGGAAGAAGUAAGCAUAUUUUUCUCUAUGAUGAAUUUGGAGAAACUCUAUCUGGAUCGGAAUCAUUUGAAACAGCUCGAUAUGAGGAGACUUCUCAAUAAUUUGAAAAACAUCAUUUAUGUAGGUAUCUCUCAUAAUAAAUGGACAUGCAAUACCCUAUCACUCAUAAUAGAGACUAUGAAUAACAAAAGUGUUGGGUAUCAAUCAAGUGCGCCCAUUUAUGAUUAUUAUAAUAUAGAUGGAAUACAAUGUGUUGAUAUUUGUGAAUUUGUAUAUUGUGCACCAGAGCAUGGAGAACCUAAUCGUGUUCAAUGAUUAUCGAAGUACAGGGUGACCCAGAAUAAGACCGACAAACUUCGUACAUCAAUUCCUCUCCUCAUUUUGAGGUGAAAAGGUAUGUGUCAAAAGUACGAGAAAAGUCAAGAUCUCUCUCAAUUUCUCCAGAACCCCUGUAGCAAAAAAAUUUAAACUUGGUAUACCAAUCCACAUAAUCCUUGCCCACAAUUGUCUUUAUUCAAUUUGAAAGACCCAGUUUCUCUCGAUCGCCGAUGGACAGUUGUAAAAGUCGUGAAAUGUAGAUGAU